GCAGUCGUGAACAAUCAAUAUAUAUACAUACAAUAUACAAAUACGUAGUGCCGCCGCCGGUGGUGGUUGGGGUUAGAGUGAGAAACACGUAAAAAUCCCCCAACAACAAUCCUUUUUGAGUUGUGCAAAUAUUUGUGGAAACGUGAUUGCUGUUGACAAAGUGGCGUCCGCACACGCACUCGAUACUUUCAAUUAGGCACGUUGCUUAUAAAUGUGCCACAAUGGCGCCGCCGUCCAGGACGACGCAGCCACCUUCAACGCUGCAACCACCGACGCGUUGUAAAGCCAUAGCCAAGGCAUUAAUCCGGCAAAGGCAAACGCAAACGCAACCGUUCCUGCUUCUGCUUCUGCUCCCCCAACUGCUGAGCGUUACGGUCCAUGCGGAACCGUAUUCGGGCGGCUACGGCAGCUCGGCCAUUGCCAGCGGUGGCCUUGGCUCCGUUGGCAUUCACAUACCCGGUGGCGGUGUGGGUGUCAUCACAGAGGCACGCUGCCCAAGGGUCUGCUCAUGCAGCGGCUUAACCGUCGAUUGUUCACAUCGUGGAUUAACACAGGUGCCACGUAAAAUAUCAGCGGAUGUCGAACGACUCGAUUUGCAGGGCAACAAUUUGACCGUGAUUUACGAGACGGAUUUUCAGCGUUUGACCAAGCUGCGAAUGCUUCAAUUGACGGACAAUCAGAUCCACUCCGUUGAGAAGAAUGCUCUGCAAGAUUUGGUUUCGCUGGAGCGACUACGCCUAAACAACAAUCGACUUAAGGCAAUACCUGAAAACUUUGUGACAAGUUCAGCGAGUCUUUUGCGAUUAGACAUCUCGCACAACGUCAUCACAACCGUGGGACGUAGGGUCUUCAAGGGCGCCCAGUCGCUGCGGAGCCUACAGCUGGACAACAAUCAAAUCACAUGUUUGGAUGAGCAUGCCUUUAAGGGACUGUUGGAGCUGGAAAUACUCACACUGAAUAACAAUAACUUGACCGCUCUGCCGCACAAUGCCUUUGGGGGAUUGGGAAAAUUGCGAGCGCUGCGCCUCUCUGACAACCCGUUCGCCUGCGAUUGCCAUUUGUCCUGGCUGUCGCGCUACCUACGCAGCGCCCCACGGCUCGCCCCCUAUACACGGUGCCAGUCGCCGUCGCAGCUGAAGGGCCAAAACGUGGCGGACCUGCACGAUCAGGAGUUCAAAUGCUCAGGCCUCACCGAGCAUGCGCCAAUGGAAUGCGGCGUGGAGAACAGCUGCCCCCAUCCCUGUCGCUGUGCCGAUGGCAUCGUCGAUUGCCGUGAGAAGAGUCUGACGAGUGUGCCCGUUACGCUGCCAGAUGAUACCACCGAACUUCGCCUGGAACAAAAUUUCAUCACGGAGCUGCCAGCCAAGUCCUUUUCCAGCUUUCGACGAUUGCGACGCAUCGAUCUGUCCAACAACAAUAUAUCGCGUAUAGCACACGAUGCGCUAAGUGGCCUAAAGCAGCUAACCACGCUCGUGUUGUAUGGCAAUAAAAUAAAGGAUUUACCCUCGGGCGUAUUCAAAGGACUUGGCUCGCUGCAGCUGCUGCUGCUGAAUGCCAACGAGAUCUCCUGCAUACGCAAGGAUGCCUUCCGCGACCUGCACAGCCUCAGUUUGCUAUCGCUGUACGACAACAACAUACAGUCGCUGGCUAAUGGCACAUUCGACGCCAUGAAGAGCAUCAAAACGGUACAUUUGGCCAAGAAUCCUUUCAUUUGUGACUGCAAUCUGCGCUGGCUGGCCGACUAUUUGCACAAAAAUCCCAUAGAGACAAGUGGAGCACGCUGUGAGUCACCGAAGCGGAUGCAUCGCCGGCGCAUUGAAUCGUUGCGCGAGGAGAAAUUCAAAUGUUCCUGGGAUGAAUUGCGCAUGAAGCUAUCCGGCGAGUGUCGCAUGGAUUCGGACUGCCCGUCGAUGUGCCAGUGCGAAGGCACCACCGUCGAUUGUGCGGGACGUGGCCUGAAGGAAAUACCACGCGACAUUCCGUUGCAUACCACUGAACUUUUACUCAACGACAACGAAUUGGGUCGCAUUAAUUCGGAUGGACUCUUUGGACGACUGCCGCAUCUGGUGAAACUGGAGCUGAAACGCAAUCAGCUAACUGGCAUUGAGCCGAAUGCCUUUGAGGGCGCAUCCCGCAUACAGGACCUGCAGCUGGGCGAGAAUAAGAUUAAGGAAAUAUCGAAUAAGAUGUUUCUCGGCUUGCAUCAGCUCAAAACGCUCAAUCUUUACGACAAUCAAAUUUCAUGCGUUAUGCCUGGAUCAUUUGAGCAUUUGAACUCGCUGACGUCUUUGAAUCUGGCAUCGAAUCCAUUCAAUUGCAAUUGUCAUUUGGCCUGGUUCGCCGAAUGGUUGCGUAAAAAAUCAUUGAACGGCGGAGCGGCACGUUGUGCAGCUCCACUUAAGGUACGUGAUGUGCAAAUUAAGGAUCUGCCCCACAACGAAUUCAAAUGCAGCAGCGACAACAACGAGGGCUGCCUCGGCGAUGGCUAUUGCCCGCCAGCGUGCACCUGCACCGGCACCGUGGUCCGCUGUUCGCGCAACCAACUGAAGGAGAUACCGCGUGGCAUUCCCGCUGAGACAUCCGAACUGUAUCUGGAGUCCAAUGAGAUCGAGCAGAUACAUUAUGAGCGCAUCAGGCAUUUGCGUGCCCUGACACGACUCGAUCUUAGCAACAACCAAAUCACCAUACUAUCCAAUUACACCUUUGCCAAUCUGACCAAACUAUCCACGCUCAUCAUCUCGUACAAUAAGUUGCAAUGCUUGCAACGUCAUGCGUUGUCUGGUCUAAAUAAUCUGCGCGUGCUCUCGCUGCACGGCAAUCGGAUAUCCAUGCUGCCCGAGGGCUCCUUCGAGGAUCUCAAGUCGUUGACACACAUUGCACUGGGCAGCAAUCCAUUGUAUUGUGAUUGCUCGCUGAAAUGGUUCUCGGACUGGAUCAAGCUGGACUAUGUGGAGCCGGGCAUUGCCCGUUGUGCCGAACCCGAGCACAUGAAGGAUAAGCUAAUUCUGUCGACGCCCUCCUCGAAUUUCGCAUGUCGCGGCAAGGUGCGCAACGACAUCCUGGCCAAGUGCAACGCCUGCUACGAACAGCCCUGUCAGAACAAGGCCCAGUGUCUGGCGUUGCCGCAGCGGGAUUAUCAGUGCCUCUGCCAGCCGGGCUAUCAUGGCAGGCAUUGUGAAUUUAUGAUCGAUGCCUGCUAUGGCAAUCCGUGUCGCAAUAAUGCCACAUGCACGGUGCUGGAGGAGGGACGAUUCAGUUGCCAGUGUGCUCCGGGCUAUACGGGUGCCCGCUGCGAGACGAACAUCGAUGAUUGCCUGGGCGAGGAGAUCCGUUGCCAGAACAAUGCCACCUGCAUCGAUGGCGUACAGUCGUAUCGCUGUGAAUGCCAACCGGGCUUCUCGGGCGAAUGGUGCGACACAAAGAUCCAGUUCUGCAGCCAGGAGUUCAAUCCCUGUGCGAACGGCGCCAAGUGUUUGGAUCAUUUCACCCACUACAGCUGCGAAUGCUCGGCGGGUUUCCAUGGCAUCAAUUGCACGGAUAACAUUGAUGAUUGCCAGAAUCAUAUGUGCCAGAACGGUGGCACCUGCAUCGAUGGCAUCAAUGAUUAUGUGUGCAUGUGUCCGGAUGACUUUACCGGCAAAUAUUGUGAGGGUCACAACAUGAUCUCCAUGAUGUAUCCACAAACUUCGCCAUGUCAGAAUCAUGAGUGCAAACAUGGUGUUUGCUUUCAGCCAAAUGCUGCCGGCUCCGAUUACCUGUGCAAAUGUCAUCCUGGCUACACCGGCAAAUGGUGCGAGUAUUUGACGAGUAUCAGUUUUGUUCACAACCAUUCCUUUGUGGAGCUAGAACCGUUGCGCACGAGACCCGAGGCGAAUGUGACCAUUGUCUUUAGCAGCGCCGAACAGAAUGGUAUUUUAAUGUACGAUGGACAGGAUGCACACUUGGCCGUGGAGCUGUUCAAUGGACGCAUUCGGGUUAGCUAUGAUGUUGGCAAUUAUCCGGUUUCGACGAUGUACAGCUUCGAAAUGGUUGCCGAUGGCAAAUACCAUGCCGUGGAACUGUUGGCUAUCAAAAAGAACUUUACACUGCGCGUCGAUCGCGGAUUGGCGCGUUCGAUUAUCAACGAAGGCUCCAAUGAUUAUUUGAAGCUUAGCACACCCAUGUUCCUUGGCGGUCUGCCCGUGGAACCUGCUCAGCAGGCGUACAAAAAUUGGCAAAUACGCAAUUUGACCAGCUUCAAGGGCUGCAUGAAGGAGGUGUGGAUCAAUCACAAGCUGGUCGACUUUGGCAAUGCGCAGCGUCAGCAGAAAAUCACGCCCGGCUGUGCUCUGCUCGAGGGUGAGACCACCGAGGGUGAGGAAGAUGAUGAGCAGGAUUUCAUGGAUGAAACUCCGCACAUCAAGGAGGAGCCCGUGGAUCCGUGCUUGGAGCACAAGUGCCGUCGCGGCAGUCGCUGUGUGCCCAAUGCGAACUCAAGGGAUGGCUACCAGUGCAAAUGCAAGCAUGGGCAGCGUGGACGCUACUGCGAUCAAGGUGAGGGCAGCACCGAGCCCCCCACAAUCACCGCCGCAGCGACGUGCCGCAAGGAGCAGGUGCGAGAGUAUUACACGGAGAACGACUGCCGCUCGAGGCAGCCGCUGAAGUACGCCAAAUGCGUUGGCGGCUGCGGCAAUCAAUGCUGUGCGGCCAAAAUAGUGCGAAGGCGCAAGGUGCGCAUGGUGUGCAGCAAUAAUCGCAAAUAUAUCAAGAAUUUAGAUAUUGUGCGCAAAUGUGGAUGCACCAAGAAAUGCUACUGACUGAAAGAUGCGACUACCCAAUUGCUUAGACCAAGCAAUAGCAGCUUAGAUGUUAGCCUAGGAACACAUUUAAACUUAACUCACAGUAGCAGUAGCAGUAGUAAUAACUUUAGUCAUAAGCCGCAUAGCAGUAGUUUUAAUAGCACGGGGCAGCUAGAUGACAAGAAGGGGCAGGCAGAUGCGGUUGAGGAGGAUGUUGAUGAUGAUGAUUAUGCCAUGGAGGACAUGGAAACAGAUACGGAGCGCAUGCAAGCGGAUCUCUAUGAUGAUGACGAUGAUGAUGAUGACGAUGAUGAUGGUUUGGAUGAGGAGACGAGCUUAUUUGCAGAUGAUAAAGAUCUAGAUAAUGAUGAUGAUGAGGAGCCCGAGCAGCUGCCCGAUCCGAAGAGUCUCAUUUCACCAGCAGCACAACAACAGUCAAAGGUUGAUCAGGAGGAGGAGGAGGACAUGGGCUAUGAUGAGGAUGAUGAGCGCAUUGCUUUGGAGCGACCACGCACCUCACGGCCCCGCGCCGAUGAGGAGCAUUUUGUGAAUGAGGAGGGCAGCGGCGCCGGCGCCGGUGCUGGCAGCUACAAGUCACGCUUCAAGCCCAGCUCGAGCUACCGGCAAACUCAUCUAGAGACCAUACGCAAGAAGCUGCUGACGGAGAGUGAGAAGGCGGUGGCGGCGGCAGCGGCAGCAUCUCCGGAGGUUGCAGUGGCCGUACCGAGCACUGCGAUUGAUCUGCGCGAGAGCAGCGGCCAUUUUGCUAACGAUGAUGAGGAUGGCGAGGAUAACGAUGACGGUGUCGAUGAUGAAUACGCUGACAAUGGCGACAACACUGGCUUCUUUCGCUCGAAAAGCGGCCAAGGCUCAAAUCAUUAUUUCCGCAAGAAUAGCAACGAUGCAAUCAAGAUAAUAUCAACGCCACUCGGCAAAGUGGGCAUUGUGUAUCAACAGACGCCCCAAGAUCCCGAUGGCGAUAAGCAGCAUCAGAAGCAACAGCUGGAACGGGAACAGCUGGCAGCGCAACAGAAGCCAGCGACACAAUUUACAGAUUUCGAUGCCUUGUCACCGGAUCCGGAGAGCAGUCAUCGUUUUCCAUCGCCACAUCCGAAAAUAACGCCCGUACUAACACCCGAUGGCAAGGUGGCGCUGCUUUAUCGCGGUGAUUCGGAGAGCUCCAAAUACGAGCCCAUACGCAAUCUAACGCACAAGUUUACCACCAACUCCAAAACAGCCGAGCCCGCCAAGUCCAACAACAACGAGGACACCUCCGAUGACUCAUCGGACGACUCCGUCUACACGGACAGCGAGCAGGAUGAAAGUGCCGGCGAUAAGCCCUUACCUGCUGCAGGUGCUGCAGUUACUCCGAAACCACUGCAACCCGAAAUAUUGGAACCGCCUGCAAACGGCGGCAGCUUUAUAAUACGACCCACGUCGGAUUCGCUGCUGCCAAUGAUUAAUCGUCCGUUGUCCGAGGUGCUGGGCAUUAAGAAGAAUCAAUUCCAGGAGACUCGAGUCCGCGAUAACUUACCCAUGUUGGGAGGCGUUACGGAGGCAACGCCUCGCUCGCUGCUCACCCAACCAGCUCAGGAGGCGUCGGAGCAGAAACCGGCCAGCAGCACACUGCACUUCCUCACCAAGGUGAAUCUCGCCGAGUAUCCCACAUCCAAGCAGCAGCAGCAGUCGUCAUUGCAGCUGCCCACUGGUCGCGAUUUUGAUUUCAGUCGCGACAACACCAUGCUGGAUGAGAGAUCGCGGGUCCGUGAGCUGGAGCAGCAGCGGGAACGGGAACGCGAGCACAAUGAGGCCACAAGCAAGGGUGGCGGCGGCACCGAGGCGCACACAAUUGCCAACGAGCAGCUGCUGUCCAAGACGGAAGUCAUCAAUCUGGCCAUCAUACCCCAGUUUGAUGAGGAUAUGGAACGCUUGCAGCGUCUCCACGAAACUGGCGGCAUUGGCAGUCGACGGCAUCAUCGUGCCCGGCAUCGCCACAAGCAAACGGAGGAGGAGCUGUCGGGCAUCCAUUGCGUCAUGCAGGUCAUGAUGGGCAUUGCGGCCGUGUCGACCGUCUUUGGCAUGCUGGGCACCUUCUUCAAGCAGCGCAUCCUGGAUCAGUUGCGUCUGAUGCACUGGUAGUACAAUAAUGGGUAUUCGAUACCCAUCGAAUACCUCAUCCCCAUCCCAAUCCGAAACCUUCUCGUCCACAUCGACAUCGACAUCGACAUCAUCAUCGACACAGUCAUUAUUAUGAUCUACUAGUAAACUCUGACUACUCUCUGCUAGCAAGGGAGGCGAAUACUCUUCCCCCAUUAACUACUCUACUACUACUACUGCUCAUCAUAUAUAUAUAUAUAUAUA